GAUCCAACUCGUGCGGGUUGGAGCCCACCUACUAAGACAGAAGCGACGUCGUAGGACCCAAAAGGACAUGACUCCCACGUGCCAACCCAUCUCCCUCCCAAUAAGAGCACUGAGAACCAGGCAGUAGCAGAGGACUACUCCAAAGCCCUAACCCUAGCGAAGUGGUUUUGAUUCACACCAUGGAAGGUGAAGAAGAAUCGUCUGCGGGGGCAAUGAUCGACGAGAUCUAUUCCAACGGCGGUGACGCAAAGCGCAACAGACCAAUCAUAAGCGGGGAAGCACUCGAUAUCGAAGCUUACGCGAGCCUUUACAGUGGGCGAACCAAGAUCACCAGGCUCCUCUUCAUCGCCGACCGAUGCGAGAACCGUCAGAUGCAGAUGGAGGCGUAUCGGAUGGCAUACGAUGAGAUAAAAAAGGGCGAGAACACGCAACUCUAUAGGGAGGUAGUGCAGAAGAUUGAUGGAAGGUUGGGACCUCAGUAUGGUUUGGACCUGGUGUGGACGGAGUCGGUGGAGCGAAGAGCCGACCAGAGGAAGGAGAAACUAGAGAAUGAACUUAAUGCUUACAGGACAAAUUUAAUCAAAGAAAGCAUAAGAAUGGGAUACAAUGACUUCGGAGAUUUUUACUAUGCCCACGGUUUACUUGCGGAUGCUUUUAAGAAUUAUGUUCGAACUCGUGACUAUUGUACUACAUCAAAGCAUAUCAUUCAUAUGUGUUUGAAUGCAAUUUUGGUCAGCAUUGAGAUGGGUCAGUUCACUCAUGUCACAAGCUAUGUUAGCAAAGCAGAACAAACCCCUGAGGCACUGGACCCUGUUACAGUUGCAAAGCUGCGCUGUGCUGCAGGAUUGGCUCAUUUGGAAGCUAAAAAGUACAAGCUUGCUGCUCGCAAGUUCUUGGAAACAGGUGCUGAACUGGGGAACAACUACACAGAAGUGAUUGCUCCACAAGAUGUUGCUACCUAUGGUGGUCUUUGUGCACUUGCAAGCUUUGACCGUACAGAGCUGAAGAAUAAAGUUAUAGACAAUCUCAACUUCCGGAACUUCUUAGAGUUAGUACCUGAAGUAAGGGAGCUUAUUCAUGAUUUCUAUUCAAGCCAUUAUGCAUCAUGUCUUGAUUACCUUGGAAAUCUCAAAACAAACCUGUUACUUGACAUCCAUUUGCAUGACCAUGUUGAAAUGCUGUAUAAUCAAAUCCGCCACAAAGCCCUCAUCCAGUAUACGCAUCCCUUCGUGUCUGUUGACCUGCGGAUGAUGGCUAAUGCUUUCAAAACGAGUGUUGCAGGGCUGGAGAAAGAGCUUGAAGCUUUGAUUACUGACAACCAAAUACAGGCUCGGAUCGACUCACAUAACAAAAUUCUCUACGCACGACAUGCAGAUCAAAGGAAUGCAACUUUCCAACGGGUUUUGCAGACAGGCAACGAGUUUGAUCGUGACGUUAGGGCAAUGCUGCUGCGAGCAAACCUCCUCAAGCAUGAAUACAAUCUUAGGGCAUCAAGGAAACCAUAAACAUCAAUAUCCCGGAGGAUUAGGUGUUACCAUGUUGAUUAAGUCCAGACUUGGUCAGCUAGUAUGGGAGAUGUGGAGAACCAAAAUCCUUUGAAAAGAGGGGAAUGAAAAAUGACCCAUGCUCUAUAGCUGUUUUCAUUUUGAUGGGUGCAGGAAGGGUGUUUGUGGAACUAUGACCAACAUUGAUGGAUUAUAUGUUGUGUAUAUACUCAAAAUUAUUCACCUUAGUUGCCACAUUGAUUCUUUCUCA